AUGCGUUUCGGCAAGACUCUCGCAGACUCCAUCUACCCGCCAUGGAAGGACCGAUACCUCGACUACGAGAAGAUGAAGAAGCUCCUGCGCGAGGACGAAACCUCGCCACAAGGUCGCGGCGGCGAGGCCAGCUGGACCGAGAAGGAUGAGGAGAACUUCGUCCAUGAGCUCACCGUUGUCCAGCUGGAGAAGGUCAGCCAGCACCAGGCCGAUACGUUCAACGCCAUCCGCGAGCGAGCUGCCGCAUGCGAAGCUAAGCUGCCCACCCCCGAGACCGAAAAUGGGAAGAGUGAGGAGGAGUGGAAGGCUGUCGCAAGAGACAUGCUGAAAGAGCUAGACAGCAUCUCCAAGGACCUCAACGAGCUUAGGAAGUUCAGCCGGAUCAACUACACCGGGUUCUUGAAGGCAGCCAAGAAACAUGACCGCAAGAGGGGCCUCAAGUACAGGGUGCGGCCGAUGCUGCAGGUCCGCCUGUCUCAAACACCUUUCAAUCAGGAAGACUAUUCGCCCUUGCUCUUCCGUCUGUCCGCCAUGUACUCGUGGGCGCGCCAAAGGCUCGGAGAAGAGGACCCAUCCAAGGAGCCAACGUCGGACGUGAAGCCCACUGAGACCUACACCGCACACAAGUAUUGGGUACACGUCGACAACCUGCUCGAGGUCAAAACUCAUAUCUUACGCCGUCUUCCUGUCUUGGUGUACAAUCCCCAAUCAGCCAAGGUGUUGGAAACUUCCCAAAAGGAUCCCACCAUGACCUCGAUAUACUUUGACAACCACAGCUUUGACCUCUACCAGAGCAAGGUGGACAAGAGCACACCCGGCAACUCGGUGCGCCUGAGAUGGACUGGGCAACUAGAAGACAAGCCUGAAAUCGUGCUGGAGAAGAAAUCCGUAGGCGAUGGCGUGGAAAGUAGAGAGAUCAGGUUUCCGAUCAAAGAGAAAUAUAUCCAGCCAUUUCUCAAGGGUGAAUAUAAGAUGGAGAAGCAGAUCCAGAAGCUCCAAGACCGUCUUGGGGUGGACUCAGGAGAAGUCAAGAGUCUCAAGUCCAACAUCGAGGAAAUCCAGUCGUUUAUCAGAGAGAAGGACCUAGAACCGGUGUUGCGAGCAAGCUACACCCGCACUGCGUUCCAAAUUCCUGGAGAUGACAGGAUCCGCAUCUCGCUGGACACCGACCUUGCCUUUAUCCGGGAAGAUGCCCUGGAUUCUGACAGGCCCUGCCGCGAUCUCGACGACUGGCAUCGCACCGACAUUGACCAGAAUCAGAUGGAGUACCCAUUUUCGUCGAUCAAGAAAGGCGAGAUCAGCCGAUUUCAACACGCAAUCCUCGAGAUCAAGGUCAAGGACACCAAGUACACUAGGAAUAACACUUGGCUCCAUGACUUGAUGAACUCCCACCUUAUCAAGGAGGAGAAGAGGUUCUCCAAGUUUGUGCAUGGUGUAGCUGAGCUUUUUGAGGAUUAUGUCAACAUCUUCCCAUUUUGGCUGAGUGAUUUGGAAACGGAUAUUAGAAGAGACCCCGUGACGGCCUACCAAGAGGAGCAGCAAAGGGAAGCUAAGCAAGUUGAAGACGAGAUAGCCGUCGGAAGCUUCUUGGGUACAUCGCGGCUAUCAUCUUCCAAGGGAAAGACCGGAUCCCCGAGCAAAUACCCGGAGCGAAGAAUGUCCGGCCAGAUCUCGCAGUCCGUCCAAUCCUCACGAUUGAAAUCAAUUGAUCAACUCGAGCCCACCGCUGAAGAAGAUGCCGAUGGCGAUGGCGACGGUGACGCCCGUCCCCUGGUCAGUGAUUCCUCAACAAGCGGCCUGCGGUCAUUGCUCCCGGCCUUCUCCAACUCUCGUUAUGCCCGCCGUCAUCGUCGGGGCACGGCGUGGGACGAUGCUCCGUUGCCUCCCGGCGUCAAAGACCCCGGCGUCUGGAUCAAGGACCGGGGAAAUCCCAAGGUUGAAGGCAAGGUCUGGCUAGCAAACCAACGAACCUUUAUUAAGUGGCAGCAUAUAGCCGUCCUGCUGGCGACACUAUCACUUGGCCUUUUCAACGCCGCGGGAGUGAAUAACAACGUCGCUCGAAUUCUAGCACUCGUCUACACUGGCUUCGCAAUUUUUGCCGGCGUGUGGGGAUGGGCUGUUUAUAUGUGGCGAAGCAAACUGAUCACGGAAAGAAGCGGGAAGGAUUUUGAUAAUGUGUUUGGACCGUUUGCAGUGUCGAUUGGAUUGGCUUGUGCAUUGUUACUCAAUUUCGCCUUCAAGUACAAUGCGAUCGCAGACACGAAAAGAAAUGCGACUGCCGUGGCACUGCAGCCCCUGGUCAAGCUGCCGCCUGAUCACCAUGUCCUGGAAGGUCUAUGGACGCCAGAGCUUUAG